AUGGCUGCGGGAAAAGUCACCGAAAUCGCUGCUCCAGACGAGAAGGAUGAGGUCGCCGAGUUUGUUGCUUCUCAUCUCCGCCAAGAAGAGAGAGAGACGACGGAAAUUUUUAAGGAAGGAGAUGAGGGGCGAUUUGUUGGAGAUGAAUCAAAUGCUGAAGAAGUGUACAACCCAAUCAGGUUUGUAAAGGCUGAAGAAGUGAACAUCCCAAUCAGGGCUGUGAAAGCUGAAAUGAACAGCCCAGAUUGGGCUGUGAAGGGCUGCAAAGAGGAUGUAAAGAAGAGAGAGAAAACUGGGCCAGGCUGUUCGGAAGAAAUGAUGGGGAAGAAGAAAAUAAAGAUUGAACAAAUCUGA